CUGGUAUGAACUGGACGAAAUUUGUAUCGCAACAGUUGAGCUCGAAACACUCAUCGCGCGACACUUGUCGCUUUAUUCGCAAUCAGUUUCAACGUUGUGUUUUCGUGAAUUCGAUAAUUUUCCAGUCAAAUUUCCCUGCCCAAGUUUUUAAUUCAGUUUUUGUUCAAUUCCAAUAUUAUUAUAAAAUUUCUCGUUUCAAUUUUUGCCGUUUAUGAAAUCAAUUUACAUCGCAGUUUAGUUGAAUAGCACACAAAAAAAUCAAAACGAAUUGAAUUUAUCUGAGCAAGUGUUUUUGAGAUUUUGGAUAGAGACAUUUUCUAUCCAACUAAGUGUAAUUGGUGUACUCGUUUUUUUCGUGUUUCAAGUAAUAAAGACUGAAAAGUACACUACAAACACAAUUGGACAAAUCAAAAAAAAAAUAAAACAAUUGAGCACUUCGAGGCAAACGAGUGUGGGAAAGAAAUCACAAAACAAUUUUCGAAUUAAGAAGUGAGCGUUUUAGUGCACGAGUAAGCAAACACAAAAAAGCAAUUCGUUUGUAUUUUAUUUCAGCAAAAUUCUCGUGAAAAUCCACAACCAAAAGGCAUUUGCGCAAACAUGAGAACAGCUAAAGAAAACACAAGAUCACUUAUGUUCAAUGCCAUGGAAUAAUUGAAAAACGUAGAAAAUCAAGCAUAUUUCAUGUGGCUGUAGCAUUCGGAACAGAAAAAGACAAUCGGAACAUUUUCUUGGAACGAUUAUUGAAAACCGAUUUAGCGUAAGAUUCUAAUUUAAAUCUCGAACCAUUUUAAGAUCGUAUUUUGAGAAAGGAAAUGAGUGGCCUAGGACCUGCAGCGUGUUGGUUGGCACACAAACGAAUCGAAUCAUGGUCACGUUUGGCCAAGGAGAGAGUGGGUGCCGUUCGCAAAUCUACCGACAAAAGUGACGGUAGCAAAGCAUCCAAUGCAAGCACAUCGAUGAACAUGAGCACCGAUUCCAAUAACGAUUCGUUUGCAUCGACCGAGGAUUGUACAAAUCAUUCGCAUGCGACUGUAGUAACAGAAACACCGUUACCGUCGCUGUUAUCGUCGACGACGACGAUGACAACAACAACACCAACUACAACAUCUACAGCAGCUCAGACAUUUGUACCAAUCAGCCACACAGCCGUGAAUACAAUCGAAACGUCAUCGUCAUCAUCACAAUCACCUUCCGUAUUACAUUCGCCUUUACAGCAUCAAAGUAAAUCAUUUCCGCCUCGCUUACAAAGGACACCAUCGAUUUCAAGCCAAAGUAGCUUAGAUAGCACACCAACACGACAAUCAGCCCACCGUGGAUCAUCACCACAAAUUCGAGCAUUUGGACCAGACGGAAGAAGCACAUCAACAAAUGAACAAUCAUUAUUUCAUUUUUCACGAACAUCCAACAGCCCAUUGAGAGCCGCACAGAGUUUUGAUGCACGUUGUUCGUCUCCAGCAUCGAGUGAUAAUUGUGAAUUGAGUCCGAGUUGUUUGGCAUCGCUUGCGAGUAGUACAGCAUGUGCUAGUACCGCAUGUAUUUCACCAAAACUUGGCCGUUGCUUAUCUCCGUUACUUUUACCACCAAAAUUGAAUAAUGUGGAUAGCAAUAGCGCAGCACCAGCAAGUCCGCUGGGUGCAAUUCAACCGGAUUUGUAUCGUGGUCAUGAAGGACCCGUCUACAUCAAUGCACCCGACGAUAAUUUAGCCUUUGGAAAACUACAUUUUCAUCUAAAAUACGAUUCACAUUUAUGUGAUUUGGCUGUUCAUUUAAUCGAAGCACAAAAUCUGUGUCCCAUCGAAGAUGGUGGCUUUCGUUCCAUUUUGGUUCGUUUAACACUAAUGCCAGAAGUGGAUAAUCGUAAACGAGAGUCGAUUGUCGCACGAGGUGAACAUCAUCCUUAUUUUGAUCAACAUUUUAAAUUUCCGGUUUCACGUGAUCAACUACCUGGCAAAGAACUGAUUAUACAAGUCAUGGACUGUGAUCGCUAUUCACAAAACGAUUCAAUGGGAGAGGUGCGAAUCAAUAUUGAUGAGAUGGAACUCACAAAAUCGGUCGAGAUUUGGGCUGAACUGAUAAGAAAACGAAAACCGGCAGUUGAAAGACCCGAGCUACUGCUAUCAUUGAACUAUCUACCUCAAGCCGAACGUUUGACCAUUGUUAUAAUGAAAGCAAAGAAUUUGGAAACUGAACAUAAUCCUUAUGUCAAAAUGUAUCUGAUAGUGAAUGGGAAACGAGUGAAGAAGAAAAAGAGCAGCCUAGGCAAAUCGGGUAAUGCAAGCAAUCCAGUUUGGAAUGAAGCAUUCACUUUUAAUUUUUCUCAAUCGAAUCUUCAAAAUGCUGCCCUUGAGAUUUACGUGGUAUCCUCUGGAGGUGAAUCGAAUGCAUUGAGUUGUGGCAUCGGUCCAUUGGAACAUGGUAUCGGUCGACAACAUUGGCAUGAUAUGAUCCAUAAUGCUCGACAGCCCAUUGCAUUAUGGCAUUUUUUGAGAUAAAUAUUUUAAAAUCAUCUAUACACAAAACAAACUCGAUACAUUUCUCUCCGUUUAUUAUCCUUACGAUGUCCUCACAUUUACGUGGAAAAUUAAUUGUUUCAUGAAAUGAGGGAAACCGAAUUGUACUUAUAUUAAGCCAUUAUUGCUCCAUUGAAAUUGUCUAUAUAAAUGUAUGCUUAAACUCUUAACCUAAAUGGAGCACUAUCUAUAUGUACUAUAUCUUCGAACCAGAACAAUGUCUCAAAAAAGUAUCAUUGAUGAUGAUGAUGAUGAUGAUGAUGUAAGGAAGAAGCAACAAACAAAAAUCACUAUAUACAUUCAUAUACUGUAGCUUUUUUUUAUUAUCUUUCGUCCGUUCACAUAACGCGUAAUCAAAUUUUUAUUUAAAUUUGAAAAUAAGAUGCAAACAUUUUGUGAAUAUGAGAAUAAUUCAUUCAUGGUUUAAUGAACAAUGAACAAACACAAAAAGGAAAUCAAAUCAAUAUACAUAUAGAGAGGUAAACGUUGUUUCUGUCUGUGUUUUCAUUUUGGAUGUAUAUAUUUUAGCGAACACAGUAAAAAAGAAAAAAAAAAAAACAAAAGCAAAGAAAAAAAAUAUAAGAACGUCAAUGGCUAUAGAUAUAUUUUAUCCACGUAUUUAGGCAUAGCUUCUGAGCAGGGGUCCGAGGGGUUGGAUUACCCCCCUGGAGAACAGAUUUGGGAAUAACCCCCUUAGAAAUUUAAUUUUUUUGAGAAAAAUAUUCUUUCGAUUUGCUAAGGAUUUUCGCGAAAAAUGUGAAGACCUUUUUUUUAGCUCUUCACUUUGUAAAACGGGAGAAAAUAUUCAAUUUUGCUAGGAUUUUUGGGCGAAGAGAAAAAUCUUUCAAUUUGGUAGGGUUUUUUGAGGCAAAUGCUCUGAGACAACCCCCCCUCCCCCCCAGGAAUGAACUAUUCAAAAAUGCAUUUUUGAAUUUGUGCGAGACCAAAUCGAAAAAGUGACCCCUUUACAUUUUUGGAAAAUUUUGAAAUUACAAUCCCCCCCUGGAUCGCCAACUCCAGAAGCUAUGUAUUUAGGGACAAUUUGACACGCACAUCAAAAGUUCAAUCAAAACUUGAUUAAUUUUGUAUCGCAAAUUAUGUUGCGAAUUUCGACAAUUUUAUCCGUGCAUCUGCUCUCACUUUUCAACUUACGGAACUCUCUCACAAUUGUGAAAUUUUGGGGAUGACAUCUUUUUCGAUAAUUUUUUUUUUUUGAACGGUGAAUGUCGACAAAUUUCGUAAAAUCGAUUUUAUCGAGUUCAUAUUCAAUAAAAAAACACUCAUAUCCACAAGAAAUAUCAGUUUUGUUUUAUUGUCUUCCUCAUUCAAUCUCAAAAAGAAAUUGGCACAUAUAGUUUUUUUUAGAUUUAUUGAGUAUUUUUUCCACUUAAUAAUAUAUAUAUAUAUAUAUAUAAUAUACACUGCCGUCAGAAAGUUUGGGUACGAUUAACGAUUUUCAUACAAAGUGCCGUUUUUCACACGUGUCGCGGACUCAUUUCAGAGGAGCCAUUUCCAGUAGAUGGUCUAUUCAGACGAAAUGUAGAUCACAGAAUGGACUGCAUUUCAUCUGAAGACAAUAACUGUCCAAAAUGACUCCUUCAUAAUUUUUUUGGUAUUCAAAUUUGCAAUCUCCUAAAAAAUGAUUUUUAUGAAAAUUGUUAAUCGUACCCAAACUUUCUGUCGACAGUGUAUAUGACUUUUGUAUACCUUUUUUCGAAGCUCGUCUGAGCGCAUUUUAUGCAUUCUGUUUCAAAGGAAGCCUAAAUUAAUUUAAGAUAAUUUGAUAAUAUAUAUAUGAACGGUACAAGUGUGAAAACCACUUGAAAACUUUCUAAUAAAUUCAUCUUUUAACUAAAUCAAUCAUCAAAUCAUGCUAUAUACACAGAGAAAAAGAGUCACUGAAUGAAUUUAUUUACAAUAAUACUAUUUAAAUAAAUA